CUUCUUCAACCCGAUAAGUUUCGCCGACUCAUCGAACCACGCGACUCUCUCGAUAAAGAUUCAAGUUCUAGCCAUCUACCCUGAACCAUGCCGAAGAAUACUCUCUACUUGGUUACAUGCACGAACGAAUUUAUCUAUCCCGUUGUUUGCGAGUCGUUUUGGUGGUAUGGGAGAAUUAAUUGGCUAAACCGGGAUACAUUUGAUUUAUAAAAGGAAAAAAAAAUGAAAGAAAUUAUGUUCUUAUUUUUCUUGCAUAAAUAAUUCUCUAUAUGUAAUGGACCUAUUCUCUCUAUAUCUUCCUACCAAACUCAAGCAGAGGACUCUGCCAUCCUCUGACGCUUUCUAACUGACAACUCUCUUCUGCUCCCAACCGUUCAAGGAAAAUCUCGAAACUAUGUGCUCAGAGGUUUGCCCUCCUAGGACUUCAUUCUCCCGUGAUCUCGAGGAAGAAUCAGCACACCAGGCGCAGCCCAUGAUGUUGGACUCGGGUUCCGAUUUCGAGUUCAGUUUUGAUGGAGGUGUCCGGUUCGAAUCUUGCCAGUCCUCUGCGGACGAGCUCUUUGCUGAUGGAAUGAUCCUCCCAGUUUUCCACAGAGCUGAUCACAACGCUCUCCCUGUUGUUGCCCCAAGAAGAGCCUCAGGCUCACUUCCUCCGCUCCCCGUCCCCGACAACCCCAAAAAAGAGGUGGCUGUCCCGAAGGAGGAGAGCUCGGGUUCAAGUCCCGACUCCGAAGGCGCCAAGCCGGCAUCGAGAUACUUCUGGGGUUUCAAGAGAAUUGCUAGCCUUAGCAAUAGUGACAAGAAAGGUUUGAUCUGCCCUUUGCCACUCCUGUCGAGGAGCAACUCUACCGGUUCGGUCCCGCACCCGAAACGAUCCCUGCAAAAGCAGCCCUCCGUCAAAAUGGCAAAGUCGUCUUCUUUCUCGGCUUCUUCCUCUUCUUCGAUGUCCGGAUAUGGUCAUCAUCAAGGGAUGCAGAAGCCUCCCUUAUCCCGUAAGACUAGUCGUGGGUCGUCGAACAAUGGGGCAUAUAGAGCUAACCCCGUCCUCAAAGUGCCGUCUCCUUACAUCAUCGGGACAGCAAACCUGUUCGGGUUGGGUUCUUUCUUCUGCAAUGGGAAAGAUAAGAAGAAGAUUAGAAGAUGAAUGAUCUGUUUGCUAGUUUCUUGCUUCUCUAUAAUUUUUUCUUUCUCGGGUUCAUUAUAUAUUCGUUGAAUAUCGAUAUGUAUAGAUUUCGGAUCAUCAACACUAUUGGCUCUACUGGCGAAGUUGCCUCGUGCUUAUGCAAUGGGAAAGAUAUGACCAACAUAAGAAGAUGAAGACUA